AGGGGAGUGGGGGAGGGGCGCGGCCCGCCCGAGGUGAUUUGGGCGGGUCUAUUGUGAGGCGUUCAGCGGGCCUCUGUGAGGUCACUCGACCCACCACUGAGGAGAUUGGGGCGGGACAGCAAGCUGUUAGUCGGGCUUUGAAAAAGGAUAUCGCCAGUCAGCACCUAGGAGCUCUUUCAUCAGGGAGGUGGUGAAGCCGGAACUGGCGCCAUAUGCAAUCUGUCGACAUCUUGGUCGCGGUGUACAGUCUGUUUUUUUAAGGAGCCUGGCAUCACUUGUGGUGAGGACAUGGGUGGUGGUUUUACCUGCUUUCUGACAGAAGUAGGUAAAUUUCCGGAUUGGUAAAUUUCCGGAUUGGUACACUUGUUGAUUACAGGAUAUUUAGGGGAACCAAAAAAGGCUCGAAGAAUAUGAAGAUGCAGUAGUGGUAAACCGCCAACUCAAGAACCAACUACAGGACCAUCCACAUUCGACUCAUUGUCUGAAUCGAGCCAUCGGAACUUAAUGCUGAAAGCUCCCUAGGACUACAGAUUUAUGAUGUAAUUCUUUCCAAAAUAGGACAUUGAGAAGAUUAAAAAGAAAUACUUAAAGAAGAAACCAACUAUAGUUUUAAAUCUCUCUGAAUAUAUUUCGAACAGAGACUAGGUAUUCUUAACUGUCAUUAAAGGAGCAAAGCUUUACUGAACUUUUGCUGGAAAAUCGAUUCCAUCGUAAAGUUAUAUAUCCCAGUUAGUGAGUAAAAGACUGGAGACCUCAUUGCAGUCAUGGCUUUCACAAAUUACAGCAGUCUGAAUCGAGCUCAGCUAACCUUUGAGUAUCUGCACACAAAUUCAACCACUCAUGAAUUCUUGUUUGGUGCUCUUGCUGAACUGGUUGAUAAUGCAAGAGACGCUGAUGCCACCAGAAUAGAUAUUUAUGCAGAAAGGCGAGAGGACCUUCGAGGAGGAUUUAUGCUUUGCUUUUUGGAUGAUGGAGCAGGAAUGGAUCCGAGUGAUGCUGCCAGUGUGAUCCAGUUUGGGAAGUCAGCCAAGCGAACACCUGAGUCCACCCAGAUUGGGCAGUACGGGAAUGGCUUAAAAUCGGGCUCAAUGCGCAUUGGGAAGGAUUUUAUCCUCUUCACCAAGAAAGAAGACACCAUGACCUGCCUCUUCCUGUCUCGCACCUUUCAUGAAGAAGAAGGCAUUGAUGAAGUGAUAGUCCCAUUGCCCACCUGGAAUACUCGGACCCGGGAACCUAUCACAGACAACGUAGAAAAGUUUGCCAUUGAGUCCGAACUCAUCUAUAAAUACUCGCCCUUCCGUACUGAGGAGGAAGUGAUGGCUCAGUUCACGAAGAUUCCUGGGGACAGUGGAACAUUGGUGAUCAUCUUCAAUCUCAAACUCAUGGAUAAUGGAGAGCCUGAACUAGAUAUCAUCUCAGAUCCAAGAGAUAUUCAGAUGGCAGAGACCUCCCCAGAGGGCACGAAGCCAGAGCGACGCUCAUUCCGUGCCUAUGCGGCUGUGCUCUAUAUUGAUCCCCGGAUGAGGAUCUUCAUACACGGGCACAAGGUGCAGACCAAGAGACUUUCCUGCUGCCUAUACAAGCCAAGGAUGUACAAGUACACAUCAAGCCGUUUCAAGACCCGUGCAGAGCAGGAGGUGAAGAAAGCAGAGCACGUAGCACGGAUUGCUGAAGAGAAGGCGCGUGAGGCGGAGAGCAAAGCUCGUACAUUAGAAGUACGCCUAGGUGGAGACCUCACACGUGACUCUAGGGUGAUGUUGCGACAGGUCCAGAACACUGCCAUCACCCUGCGCAGAGAAGCUGAUGUUAAGAAGAGGAUCAAGGAGGCCAAGCAACGAGCACUUAAAGAACCUAAGGAACUGAAUUUCGUUUUUGGGGUCAACAUUGAACACCGGUAUCUGGAUGGCAUGUUCAUCUACAACUGUAGCCGCCUGAUCAAGAUGUAUGAGAAAGUGGGCCCACAACUGGAAGGGGGCAUGGCAUGUGGUGGGGUUGUUGGGGUUGUUGAUGUGCCCUACCUGGUUCUGGAGCCUACACACAAUAAGCAGGACUUUGCUGAUGCCAAGGAGUACCGGCACUUGCUGCGAGCAAUGGGGGAGCACCUGGCACAGUACUGGAAAGACAUUGCCAUUGCUCAGCGGGGUAUCAUCAAGUUCUGGGACGAAUUUGGCUACCUCUCUGCCAACUGGAACCAGCCCCCAUCCAGUGAGCUGCGUUACAAACGCCGGAGAGCUAUGGAAAUUCCAACCACCAUCCAGUGUGAUCUGUGUUUGAAGUGGAGGACCCUCCCCUUUCAGCUGAGUUCUGUGGAAAAAGAUUACCCUGACACUUGGGUUUGUUCUAUGAACCCUGAUCCUGAGCAGGACCGGUGUGAGGCUUCUGAACAGAAGCAGAAGGUUCCCCUGGGGACAUUUAGAAAGGACUUGAAGACACAGGAAGAGAAACAGAAACAGCUGACAGAGAAAAUUCGCCAGCAGCAAGAGAAACUAGAGGCCCUUCAGAAAACCACACCCAUCCGUUCCCAAGCUGACCUCAAGAAAUUGCCCUUGGAAGUGACCACAAGACCUUCCACCGAGGAACCUGUACGUAGACCUCAGCGUCCUCGGUCACCCCCUUUACCUGCUGUUAUCAGGAAUGCUCCAAGCAGACCGCCUUCUCUGCAGGCUUCCAGACCACCCAGCCAGCCUCGAAAGCCUCCUGUUACCAGCAGUGCUCUAAAGCCCCCUGCCUUGGCAGUCCGGGAGGAGGCCAGUACAUCCAGGCUGCUCCAGCCACCUGAGGCUCCCCGAAAGCCUGUGAACACUCCAGUCAAGACUGUGUCCCGGCCCGCAUCUCUGGUGCAGCCACUGUCACCAUCUCCACUGUCCAACUCCAGGAGCCCUCGGGAGGUUCCUGUUCCCAAAGUUGUCAAAACUUCAGUGGUCAAGAAGCCAGAGCCGCCCACUAAACUCUCCCCAGCAACCCCUGGUCGCAAGCGGAGUCUUGUGGUCUCUGAUGAGGAAGAAACUGAAGAAGAGGCUGAGAAAAGAAAGGAAAGGUGCAAGCGAGGCAAAUUUGCUGUGAAGGAGGAAAAGAAGGACUUGAAUGAGCUGUCAGACAGUGCUGGGGAAGAGGACUCAGCUGAGCUCAAGAGGGCUCAGAAAGAUAAAGGGCUGCACGUGGAGGUGCGUGUGAACAGGGAGUGGUACACAGGCCGUGUCACAGCUGUGGAGGUGGGCAAGCAUGUGGUGCGGUGGAAGGUGAAGUUUGACUACGUGCCCACAGACACGACACCAAGAGACCGCUGGGUGGAGAAAGGCUGUGAGGAUGUGCGGCUGAUGAAACCUCCUUCUCCAGAAUAUCAGAGCCCUGACACACAGCAGGAGGGCGGGGAGGAGGAGGAGGCUGUGGUGACCCAACAGGCUUUGGCCAUGGCAGAACCUUCUACUUCUGACUGCAUUCGUAUUGAGCCUGACACCACUGCCCCAAGCACCAACCACGAGACCAUCGACCUACUUGUCCAGAUCCUCCGGAAUUGUUUACGGUACUUUCUGCCUCCAAGUUUCCCCAUCUCCAAGAAGGAGCUGAGUGCUAUGAAUUCAGAUGAGCUGAUAUCUUUUCCUCUGAAAGAGUACUUCAAGCAGUAUGAAGUGGGGCUCCAGAAUCUGUGCCAUUCCUACCAGAGCCGCGCUGACUCGCGGGCCAAGGCCUCUGAGGAAAGCCUGCGUACCUCCGAGAGGAAGCUUCGUGAGACAGAGGAGAAGCUGCAGAAGCUGAGGACCAACAUCGUGGCACUCCUGCAAAAGGUGCAGGAGGACAUAGACAUAAACACUGAUGAUGAGCUGGAUGCCUACAUUGAGGACCUCAUCACCAAGGGAGACUGAGGGUCAGAGCCAGAGAUCAGCUCCCCUGCCCACCUGGCCCUCAAUGCAGUAUCUUCGGGGGGUGGUGAGGGAUUCAUUCAUGGGUUGGUGGACUUAACCUUGGUUUGACUUACACAUGGGACAUUUGUGCUUUUGGAGGGAAAGAUACUCUGAUUCUUUGAAUCUUCCUCCCUACAUUUAUAAAUAUUUAUUUUUUAAAAGAAA